GUGGGAGACGCUCAAUUAGCCGCUAAUUAGGAAGCUUGUGGCGGACUCCGAGGGUGAUUCAUCACGGUGCUUAACGGUCGGCGGCGGAGGGAGGAAGGAAAAAAAAAAAAAGAGAAAGAAAGAAAGAAAACCUGGAGAAGAAAGCCGCGGGACCGAGGUGUGGAGGUAACGAGGGGACCUCUCAGUGUGGACGGGGACAGACACUUUGUGGGACGGAGGGACUCUUUAUACCAAAAGGACCGAAACAUAAACGGGGUGUCGGGAGGACUCGGGCAGACAUGUCGGAAAGCGCCGGCUGCGAGUUUGAAAUCGACGUGGAGAGCCUGGAGACGGAGGGCGACGACGCGCUCACCGGCCGCGCGGCCCCCUCCGCCUCCGCCGCCGCCGCCUCCGAGGACGACGGGGACGGCGGCCCGGCGGCCGAGGACAAGCCGGGCCCCGGCGGCCCGUGUCCGGGGGACCAGAGGAAGCUGAGCCGCACGCCCAAGUGCGCCCGCUGCCGCAACCACGGCGUGGUGUCCUGCCUGAAGGGACACAAGCGCUUCUGCCGCUGGAGGGACUGCCAGUGCGCCAACUGCCUGCUGGUGGUGGAGCGGCAGCGGGUGAUGGCGGCGCAGGUGGCCCUGAGGAGGCAGCAGGCCACGGAGGAUAAGAAGGGCGUCUCGGGGAAGCCCAUCGCGGCGGAGAGGAGGACGAUCUACCAGCGCCACAUUCGACCGUCCACCAUGCUCGCCAAGAGCAUCCUGGAAGGGUACCGCCCGGUGCAGUCCGAUCCGUUCCUCGCGGCCAACGCGUCCCUCCCCCCGCCGCUGAGCGACCGCAUGAGGAAGAGGAGGGCCUUCGCCGACAAGGAGCUGGAGACCAUCAUGCUGGAGCGGGAGUACAAGGAGCGAGAGCUGCUGGAGACCGGCCAGGCGGCGUCGCUGCUCUUCCCCGGCGCCGUGACCCACCACCACCACCACCGCCGCGCCGCCGCCGCCGAGUACAACUACAAGACGUCCUACUCGCCGGCGGCCCCCGCCGAGCCUCAGCCCAAAGAGCUGUGCGGCUUCCUGGGGCCCAACUGCCUGGACCUGUCCAUGCCGUACCCGGCCGGCCCGGCCAACGUGGAGCUCAUCUCCUCCAACGUCAGCGUGGCCACCACCUACCGCCACUACCCGCUGCAGCCGGCGCGCGGCAGCGGCGGCGGCUUCAUGAUGUGGCCCCGCGGGGCGGCCCACCUGGGCGACGCCCUGCUCUACCAGCAGUGCCUGUUCAACGCCGCGGCGGGGCCCGGCGCCAAGCCGGCGUGGGAGCAGAAGGAGAGCCAGCAGCUGGAGCCGGAGGACGAGCCGGAAGGGUCACGGGCGGCUCAGCUCCCGCCGCCGCCGUCGCCGGACCCUCAGCGGGCGGACGCCAAGGCCCCCGGCGCGGCCCGGCAGCGCUCGGCCUUCUCCCCGCCCAACAGGAGCUUCGGACAGUCCUUCCCCGGCAGCUGUCACUCACAGAACUCGGGCCAGCUGCCGAGCAAGCCGAGCAAGGACGGCGCCAAGCUGUCCGUGAAGCUCAACUCGUUUCACUCCCUCUUCCAGCACUCGCUGGGGGAGAAGGCCGGCGGCGGCGCCGGCGGCGGCGCCGGCGGCGGCGGGGGCGGCGGGCUGGAGCUCCGGGGCCCGUACUGCAGGGAGCUCCUGGAGGAGGCCGCCCGGAAGUUCAGGGAGGGCUCGGCCAGGGACAUUCAGGCGGCCAAGAUCGCCGACAGGUACGGCAAAGACUUUCCGUCCAAGCCCGCGGGGAGCAAGAUGGCGUCCGGCGAGGCGCUGUCCUUCUCCGUGGAGGCCAUUCUGAAGAGGCCCGCGCCCGCCAUGAGCCGAGCGUUCCAUUGAUUUCCAUUAAGAGUCUUUUCUUGCACUAUAAACGUCAGGUUGGUCUCGCGUCUCGCGUUGUGGUUUUUGGGGUCAAACAUAAUCUUAAACACACCGGCACUGCAAUAGAAAAUAGAAGAUUUGUUCUUCCCAUGUAAUAUUUAUGUACAGUAUAUUAUAUUUUCCACCUGCAUGUAUUAAUAACUUUAUUCUGAGUAUUUAAACAUUAUCCCAACGUUUUCCUCAUGUCAAUAAACUUUAAAAGACUGAACUCUUUCCAUAAAAGGUCUUGUAUUUCAUUUUAGGACGUGUUUAACCGUGAACAGGUUUUUGUUUAGGUCAGAAGUUACUCUGCACACGGGAAUAAAUCAAUGCAGACUUUUACAUUC